CGCGAGUCGAAUAAAAGAAGAGGUACUGGUAAAACUUCGGUUACUGAUUUUCUGUGAUCAAAGUUCGUUGCAACGUCAAUUGUUAAAGAUGGAUCUGAAAGUCACGGUGAAAAAUGCAUUUAACGAAACCAGCAAAACCCUUAUAUAUGCUACGGGAGUCGUUCUGACUGCACUUGCAUUGGGAUUUGGAUAUAUAUAUUGGCAAAAACCGAAAAAGGUUACUCGUGUAGGAGUUGUGUCGCAACUUGUUAUCUACCCAAUGAAAUCUGGGAAAGGUAUAAGUGUGAACACGGCUGAAUGUCCAAAAAUUGGUUUGAAAUUCGGCGAACUAAAGGACAGACACUGGCUUGUCAUCACAGAAGACGGGAGACAGGUAACGGGCCGACAGGAACCGCGCCUGGUGCUGGUGACACUGGUGAGUGAGGGGGGAGAGCUGUGUCUCAAUGGUCCUUCCAUGGAGGAACUGAGGAUCCCCCUCAAACACCCAGACAACCCUGUGGUCACCUGCAGGGUGUUUAGUGAUGAUAUUCAGGGCAGAGACUGUGGGGACCAGGCCUCUCUCUGGCUCACCCGCUACCUGGACUCUGGCAAGACUUUCCGCCUCGUGCAGUAUGAGUCACAGAUGAGCCCCAGGAGGCCAGUGGAGAAAGUGCCCCUCUUCUCUCCCAAUGAGAAGGUGGUGUACCCUGACCUUGCUCCGGUCAAUCUGCUGUCCGAGGCCUCGGUGGCUGACCUGAACACGAGACUGGAACGUGCUGUGACCGUGGCCCAGUUCAGACCCAAUAUUGUUGUGAGCGGCUGCGAUGCCUAUGCAGAGGACUCCUGGGACCUGAUCCAAAUUGGCAAUGUGCAGCUCCAACGAGUGAUGUCCUGUAGCAGGUGUAUUUUCACUACUGUGGAUCCGGACACAGGGGUUAUAGACAGGAAACAGCCUCUGGAGACUCUCAAGAGUUACCGUCUGUGCGACCCAUCAGAGAAGGAACUCUAUAAAUCCUCCCCGCUGUUUGGACAGUACUACAGUGUCAAGAGGAGCGGAAUUGUUCAGGUCGGCGAUCCUGUGUACAUAAUGAGCUUCUGAGCUAACCACCGAGUCGCUAACCAGGAAUGAGGAAAUCGGCUUCAGCCGUAAAAAGGAUAAAAAAGCAUGAUGAUGUCACCUUAUCAGAAAAUUCAAAAUCACUUGAGAGAAUAUCUGUGCCGAAGGAUAUAUAUUUUUAGUCGAGUUUAUAGAUUGUGUGGAUUAAUCUCUUACCGUUUCUGUUCAGACACCUCACAGAGCAUUCUACCUUUUAAUGAAAUCCUCUCUCUUGUUCUCACAUUAUCAUCUUAUAUCCAUAGUUGUGAAACACAUUGACUUGAUCAUAAACCUCAUUAAAAUUUACAGUUGAAUGCAAAUAAA